AUGGCGAAAAGAAGUCUCUGGAUUUUUAUUAAGCAGUUUUUGGCUAACCAUGGAGAUAAUUUCAUUGUUUUUGGUGUGGAUGAACGGAUGGGAUCAGUCUUUUGUCAAGCGAAUGCUGAUGCUUUUAACUCGUUCAUUUCUGAUGUCGGGCUUGUGGAUAUACCGAUGGGUCAGUACAAGUUUACUCGGAUGAGUCCGAGUGGAAAUUGUGGUGCUAAACUUGACAGGUUUUUAAUCUCUAACUCCUUUUUGGCGGCUGUGGAUAAUAUUAAGGCGGUAGUGUUGGACAGAUUAAAACUCUCGAAGGGAGACAUAAAAAGUUGGAAAAACAACGUCAACAAUAAAGCUGAAUUGGUUACACUUCGUGAAGUAGACUUGGUUGAUCUGGAUAAACAGUUGGAUAAUGGAGUAGUACAUGAUACUAUUGUGAGAAAGCGGAUCGACAUUUUACACGAAAUCCUAAAAAAGGAAAAUGGUGAAUCUUUAGACAUUCAACAAAAAUCUAAGAUCACCUGGUGUGUGGAAGGUGAUGAGAAUUCUCAUUUCUUUCUCUCUUAUGUCAACAAAUCUCGAAAAAAUCUGUCAAUCCAAGGUAUUAACGUGAAUGGUGUCUGGUUAGAUGAUCCUGAUAGUGUCAAGAAUGCUCGGAAAUUCAAGAGAGGUCCGUAUGUGAAAUUAACUUCUAGGAGUCCCAUGUUCAAAUCAUUAACUUUGGAGCAGGUGACUAAUCUUGAAAGACUUGUAACUGAAGAUGAGAUCAAGGCUGCUGUUUGGAAUGCGGUUUUAUCCCACCUGGCCGGUUGUAAUUCUUCAUUUAUUACUUUGAUUCCGAAAGUGCUUUAUCCAUUGACUAUUGAGGAUUUCCGAACGAUUAGUCUUAUAGGUUUACAAUACAAAAUCAUCGCUAAAAUUCUAGCAAUGAGACUUGCUAAGGUGCUGGAUUCAGUGGUGAGCCAUAUUCAAUCAGCUUUUAUUAAGGGGCGCAACAUCCUUGAUGGCCCUCUAAUCCUUAACGAGAUUCUUGAUUCGUCUAAAAAGAAGAAGAAAAAAGCUAUGUUCUUAAAGUUGGACAUUACUAAGGCCUAUGACUCCCUUAAUUGGGAUUACUUGUGUACUAUAAUGCGUUUUAUGGGGUUUGGGAGGAGAUGGAUUAGUUGGAUUUCUGGUUGCCUUUACUCGGCUAGAUCUUCCAUUCUUGUUAAUGGCAGUCCCACUAAGGAGUUCAUCUUAGAAAGAGGCCUCAGACAUGGUGAUCCGAUGGCACCUUCACUAUUCAUUCUUGCCAUGGAGGGUUUACAUGUUGCUGUGGAAGAUAUGAAACUAUCUGGAACGAUUCGUGGCUUAAAGGUUGGUAAUAUCUCCCUAUCUCAUCUUAUUUAUGCCGACGAUGUCCUCUUUUUGGCAGAUUGGUCGGAAGAAAAUUUGAUCAACAUUAAAACUAUUUUUACAUGUUUCUACCUCUCCUCUGGGUUGCGGAUUAACCUUCAGAAAUCUAGAUUAUAUGGGGUCGGUGUUAAUGGAGUAGAAGCUGAUCGUUUUGCAUCUAUAAUGGGAUGUGGUCGUGGUGUUUUUCCGUUCACUUAUUUGAGUGUGCCGAUUGGUGCUAACAUGAAAAGAAAGGAGUCAUGGCGUCCAGUCAUUGAUAAAUUUAAAAAGAGAUUGUCUAAAUGGAAAGCUAGUUUGCUUUCGAUUGGUGGGCGAUCAAACACUAAUUACUUCGGUUCUUGGUGCUGUGGGUAA